GUCGGUCGUACCGGUCAGCCGCCGGUUUCCAGGUUCCAUGAUACCCAAGAGUGAAAGUGCCCUCUCUGUCCUUUUUGAGUCCUUCUAGGAUGAGCCCUAAAAGCGUGUUACUCUCCAAUCUUUUGAUUUUUUCCUGAUUUUUUUCGGUAUUUGUGUAUGGAGUUUAUCUAUCGUGCCAAUUUUUGGAUGGGGCGAGUUUAAUUAGGUCUCAGAAUUGGAUUUUUGGGAGGUUUCUGUGCUGAAAUUUGUCAAAAUAUGGGAAAAGGAGGGUCUUUUUAUUGUAAGUAGUUUGAUCCUGGCACUAUCGCCCAAAGGCGUUAGUUUUGAAGGAUUUGCAGAAAGAUCUGAAGAGCAAAUUGUUCACUUUUUUGUUUGUCUUUUCUUGGUUCUCGGUGAAGUGGGAUUCUUCCAAUCUUCUCAUUCCAGGCCAAAGAAUGAGAGCUUUUGGAGGUUUCUGCGUUCAAAUUUCUGAAUAGAUGGCUCGUUUUAUUCUGCCUCUGUUGAUCCUGGUGCAACUGCCUUGGUCUUCGCUUUGUGGAUCGCCGCCGACCCUUUCGGCGGUUUGUGGAUUGGAUCAUGUUGCCUAUUCGAAGUCAUCGGAUGGUUAUUACCUUUCGAUUAAUCUGCAGAGGAUGGUGGACCCUGUUUUCAUAUGUGAAGUACUGGAAUCCUACUUCAAGAGUGGGUGCUUGUUGUGUGACUCCCGGGUGGAAUCAUGGAGAAGAAUUGGUGAGGAGUACUGUAAUCAGGACUUCACUGUACCAGUUGAUGUGAACUGCAAUCCUACUGCUGUGGACUUACUUCGAAAGGCAGGGAGAAAAAUUUUGCUGCAGUCAUCAGCAAAUGCUUCCAAGUUUGAGCAGUUGAGCAGCAAGAGUCAGUCACUGGAAAAUGAGCUAGAUCUGAAGUAUUUUUCAGCUUCGGACAAUUUUCCUCUGGCUGUACCAGGAAUGUUCCUUCUUUGUUGUGCUUUUAUGUGCCCAUGCUUUCAUGCAAAGAGAAGAGAAGCAAUAGAAAAUAAUGUUCUAGACAGACAUCUGAAUUCAAUUUUGUUUGUAGCAGCGGAUUCAAUUUCAUCUGUAGAAGUAAGCUCAGCCUCUGAAAAAAUCCCAGCAACUCCACUCAGAGUACCUCCUAGCCCAUCUCGAUUCUCAUUGUCUCCACAAUUGACUAGAAUUGGUUCUGUACAUCUCAGCAUCAAUCAGAUUAUCAAAGCUACUCGGAACUUCUCUCCUUCAUUAAAGUUAGGCGAAGGAGGAUUUGGAGCUGUAUACAAGGCUGUGCUGCCAGAUGGUCAGGUUGUUGCUAUUAAGCGAGCAAAGAAGAUUUUUGAGCAGGAAGAAAUUCCAGCACUACGAGAUGAAUUUAGUAAUGAGGUUGAACUGCUUGCGAAAAUCGAGCAUAGAAACUUAGUCAGGUUACUUGGUUACACUGACAAAGGAAAUGAACGUAUUAUCAUUACCGAAUAUGUUCCGAAUGGUACUCUCAGGGAGCAUCUGGAUGGUCAGCAUGGAAAGAUUCUGGACUUCAACCAACGAUUAGAAAUAGCUAUCGAUGUUGCUCAUGCCUUGACUUAUCUCCAUCUAUAUGCAGAAAAGACCAUAAUUCACCGAGAUGUAAAGUCAUCUAACAUUCUGCUGACGGAAAGCUAUAGAGCCAAGGUGUCUGACUUUGGGUUUGCAAGAACUGGCCCAACGGACACAGAGAAGACUCACAUAUCGACCAAAGUGAAAGGAACAGCUGGAUACCUUGACCCGGAGUACCUGAGGACCUAUCAACUCACACCCAAGAGUGAUGUCUUUUCCUUUGGAAUAUUGCUCAUAGAAAUUCUCUCUGGAAGGCGUCCAGUAGAACUCAGGAGACAAACAGAUGAAAGAAUUACUGUCAGAUGGGCUUUUAAGAAAUAUAAUGAGGGCAAUUUGAGGGACAUUUUGGAUCCUUUGCUGGACGAAGUUAUAGAUGAGCAGGUGCUUGGAAAGAUUCUCAGUUUGGCAUUCCAGUGCGCUGCUCCUACACGUGCUGAUCGACCGGACAUGAAAGAAGUUGGAGAACAGCUAUGGGAGAUAAGAAAAGAGUUUGGGAAGAGCCUCAGGAGAGUGUAAAGCAGCUCUGCUGAGCUGAGGAUAAGAUGGUAAAAGGCAUUGCAGAGGAAAUCAGCUGUUUAUAUCUGUAUUCCAGAGUAGGAUGUCAUUUUAAGCACUACUCAGCCUUUAGUCUUCCACGUUGCUCCCACAAUCCAGGUAUCAUUCACAUUUUUUUUCUUUGGUCCUCGACAGUAAGAUACCAGAAAAUAAUACACUGAUGCUAUUUUCAGCAGUUGAAAUCUUUGUUGUAUUACAUGGACAACUAAAGUGUUUAUGCAAAUUAUUCAGAACCAGUGUUUUUUAAUACA